CAGCGCUGGCGACAGCAUAGAAACGAGACAAACGCAACGCUAUAAACAGCAGUUCACGAUUUGCGUUCCAACAAGCAGCACAUAUAAGAAACACAAAAGCAGAGUUAAAACUCAAUUUCAAACGGGACAAUUUAAAAAGCAAACACAAAACAAAAUGAAAUACUUUAUUGUAUUCGCCUUGGUUGCAGGCCUUUGUGCUCUUGCGCAGGCCCAAGACCAGAGCUGUCAAGUGGACGUUCGCUCUGCGUGCGGCACUAACGCAAUCAUGGCCUUUUUCUCAGAUGAAAGUGGUGUCAGCAAUUGUAAUGCCCGAUAUGCCGCCAUUGGCCAUUUGGAGGGCAAGCUGCAGAACUACAUCCAGUUGCAGCUGAAGAAAUCUUACGAAUACCUUCUGUUGGCCACCCACUUCAACUCGUACCAAAUGAACCGCCCCGGCUUCCAGAAGCUCUACCAGGGUCUCUCGGAUCGUGCCUUUGACGAUACCAUCGAGCUCAUCCGCCAGGUGACACGUCGCGGUGGCUCCGUUGACUUCAGCAAGCCACAUCAGCACGGUGCCGCCGAAGUGCCCGAGGUGCAUCUCAAUGAACUGGAAUCCCUGGCCCGUGCCCUCGAUGUCGAGAAGGAGCUGACCACCGGCGCCAUUCACGUGCACACCAGCGCCACCCACAGCAGCAACGAGAACCGCGAGCACGAUCCCGAGAUGGCCCACUACAUCCAGGAGAACUUCUUGAGCAAGCAGGCCAAGUCGGUCCGCACACUGUCGGGCUAUGCCAACGAUCUGGCCAAAUUGGUCAGUGUCAAGGAGCCAUCGCUGUCCGUCUAUCUGUUCGACGAGUAUCUGCAGAAGCAAUAAAAACACAAUUCAAUUUUCUCUUCAAAUUAUAACUCAAACAAAAAAAAAUAGUAUCCAAAUUUCAUUCUCGUAAUAUUCUAUUUAGUAUUACCAAUAUUCCAAAAACAUUUUUUUGCGCUGCGUUUUAUCAAAUUGAAUUGUCAUCCGAGUUAUAGUAAAUAAACUGAAGCGCAGCAGCAGCCGCAGCAACAACAAAAAAGCAAAGAAAAACAUCUGAUUUACAAUCACUUAUUAUUUAACUUUGAUUUAUAUUCAUACACACUCACACAAUCGACACACACACACACAUACAUACGCAUACACAUGUUUGUGAUAACACGUUUAAGUAAGCUGCAUUCGCUUGAACAAAUGUAUCUUUAAAUUAUGUUACCGAGCUAAAUAAAUAAAUACAUAUGAGUACAACAAAAUAAAA